CAUUGUGCCUCCGAUUCCUGCAUAUUUUCUAGUAAAUAGAAUAGUUUGAUUAUAAACUCUACCAGUUGUGUAGUAAAGAAGGAGAGUUUGAUGAUUUGGAAUUGUAUUUGUAGCAGACAGCUAGAGAUUAAACAGGGAUUUACAAAAUUCAUUUCUUCAGAAUUCAAGAUACUCAAUGUAAAGCUGAAAAUAGGAUUUAAGUUAUAAAAUUGUUCAAAUCAAGUUUUUAUAAUAUAAAGUUGAAGAUAACCAUCUUUUAUAAUGGCUAGUUUUAUAGCUAAACAGAUGGUUGGUGAUCAACUGAAAUCAGUUAAAGGAGCAUUAGGUGAUAAGGAAGGAGAUGAGGAGAAACCAGAAGGGGCAGAAGAAGGUGAAGAUCCAGAAAUUACAGCAGCAAGAUUAGAGGCAGAAGAAAAAAGAAAAGAAAAACACAGGAAAAUGGAAGAAGAAAGAGAAGAAAUGAGACAAAGUAUUAGAGAUAAAUAUGGUUUAAAGAAAAAAGUCAAAGAAGAAGAAGCAGAACCAUUAGCUGACCCUGGACGAGUUGGUCGAAAGAAAAAAACACCAGCAGAACUAGCAGCUGAACAAAAUGCAGAAGAAGAAGAUGAAGAUGAAUUUGCAAAAUUCCCCUCAAAUUUAAGUGAGUUGACAUCUAAAGUGAGUGAAAUGCCUUCUAAAUUGGCUCAAGGUGUAAGCGAUGUUAGUGAAAAGUGUGUUCUGCAGUAAUAACAUUCAUUUUUAGCCUUAGUCUUCUUAUGCAAUAUUAAGGUAAGCAAGGCCCUAGAAAUGAAUACAAUUUUCUUUGGCUUCUAGAGAUUCCUGAUUUGAAUAGUGGGAUCUAAUAAAUAGGGUAUUUUAGAAAUAUUUUAGCAAUAAAUGACUUGAGUUAUUAGAGAUGUAUAUAUAUAAUGAUAUAGGAUGUAGAGAAGAGCAGUAUUAUCUUUAUAAUAGAUACAGCAACAGUUACUUAAAUAAUACAUUCAACUCUAUGUACAUACUAUUUCUUAUUUUACCUUCCUAGAGGAAAUGAAAUGCCUAAUUCUGUGGUAUUAGUUACCUGGACAAGAAAUUAUGGAAUUGUACUUUAAUGUACAUUUAAUGUUAUCAUUUUGGAAAUUAGUGGUUCCUAUUACCUAUAAAGAGGCAGGCUUGGCAUUUCCUUACCUGACAAAUUCAACAUUUCAUAUUGUGUUAUGUUAUAAUGUGAGACAAAAAGAAUACUUUUAUAGUAGGUCACAAGAAUUCAACAUUAAAGACAAUUGAUAAAUUUCUAGAUAAUUACGUUUUAAGG